AUGGAUUUAUUAUACUGCAAAACGUGCAGAACAUACAAAGCACCGGAAACUUUUUAUGAAACAAAAACUUGUUCUGAAUGUUUAACCCGUAUUAAAGAAAGUAAAAAGCGAAAAUAUGAAGAAAAUUUUACUUCUUUACCUGAUUCUAAAGAAAACAUUAUUGAUGUCAAUAACAUUACUGAUGUAAUUUAUAAGGCUCUUGCAAAUGUAGAAGAUAUCGAUGAAAACUUAGAAAGUAGUUGUGAAUUCUAUUUUGAGCAAGCGAUCAAUCUGGAUAUGUUAAUUAAUGAGAUUCCAGCAGAUAUUGAAGAAAAUAAAUAUGAACAUUAUCUUGCAAGUAAGAUUGUUAAUUAUAUUGAGAAAGGAGACGGUCUUCUUUCAAUUGCAAUUAAUUUAACAAGCAAUUGUGCAAAUAUUAAACUUAGCCACAAACAGCUUCAUCAACGUCCAAAGUACACUAUGGUUUCAGAACAG